AUGCAUUACCUUCUCAGAUCAACAGCAAGGACAUUAUUCCUCGCUCCAAGGCAUAGGGAUGUUCACGGUCUACGUCCAAGCCGAGACAGGACAGUCUGGUGGCCUGGGUUUCGAGGACUGUUCUGUAGAGGAGGAGAGGAGGACUCCAAGCAGCAGACGCUAGAGGACCUCACUAAGAACAUCAGCGGACAGUACAAGAGGAUCAUAGUGAUGGCAGGGGCUGGGAUCAGCACACCUAGUGGGAUCCCAGACUUCAGGUCCCCUGGCAGUGGUCUCUAUGACAACCUCCAGCAGUAUAAUCUUCCUUACGCAGAAGCCAUCUUCGAGAUCAACUACUUCCAUCACAACCCCAACCCUUUCUUUGCCCUGGCCAAAGAGCUGUACCCAGGCAACUACCAACCCAACCUCACACACUAUUUCAUACGUCUCCUUCAUGACAAGGGCCAGCUCCUCAGAAUGUACACGCAGAAUAUCGACGGCCUGGAGAGACUGGCAGGAAUCCCCCCUGAGAAACUGGUGGAGGCACACGGAUCAUUUGCUACUGCUACCUGUACUGUGUCUCAGAGUCUACAGGGGGAGGAGCUACGGUGA